CCCGGGGGCAGCGGGAGGCGCCCGGCCCGGCCCGCCCGGCCCCCGCCCCGGCCCCCGGCCCGCACCCUGACCCGCGCGCUCGGGCCGCCGCUCUGACAGCCGUCCACGCCAUGCCCAGCCGGACGCGCCCCAAGAUGGACGGGAGCGGCGGCCGCGUCCGCCUCAAGGCGCACUACGGCGGGGACCUGUUCAUCAGCAGCGUCGACCCCGCCACCACCUUCCAGGAGCUGUGUGCAGAAGUGCGCGGCCUGUGCAGGCUCAGCGGCAGCCACCCGCUCACCCUCAAGUGGGUGGACAGCGAAGGCGACCCCUGUACUGUGUCCUCACAGAUGGAGCUGGAGGAGGCCUUCCGCCUGGCCUGUCAGCGCAGGGCAGUGCUCAUCUUCCACGUCUUCCCGAGCGUCCCUGCGCAGCCCGGCCUGCCCUGCCCCGGCGAGGACAGUGAGUACCACAGCCUCUGGGCCAGGCCUCUGAGGCUGGUGUCCACUCUGCUGCUCUCGCCUGUGAGUCUGUGUGGUUGUGACUGUUGGCAUGUGUGUGUCCUUCUGCGGGGAUGUCUGUGGUAUCUGUGUGUCUGUGAAUCUGUCUGAGGGUGUGUCUGUGUGUGUCGGUGUCUGUGGGUGACUGUGUAUGUCUUUUUGUGUGUCUGCAGGUGUGUCUGUGUGUGUCGGUGUCUGUGGGUGACUGUGUGUGUGUUUGUGGGUGUCUGUGGGUGUCUG